GUUCUCCCCCAUAAGAGCCAAUGCUAUUGUUUUUGUGAACUGUUCAGGUGAUAGCCCAGCACAGAGCUCAGUACUGUGCCCAGCUGUUUCUGGACGUAAUAGUGGACAUCUACCAGGGACGGGAAACCAAUCACGAAUCGCCGAGACCCGUUGUGGAUGAAGACAAUGUAGUCAGCUCUGACAAUUCCAGCAUAGAGGUGUACAAAGCUCUGACCCGCUACAUGACGCCGCCGGCUGGUUGCAGCGAGUCGCAAGCACACGCGACCAAGUCGCAACCACUUGUGUCCGAUGUUCCUGUACUGGAUUCGAUGCUGAGUCGCGAAGACCUGCGACUGGCCCCGUUCCUGGGCACUAUGUCCGUUACCACCCCCGCCCUCCUAGGGCCCUACGCUGUCAAGCACACCAAAUCCGGCCAUGUGAAAAUCAGAGCCAAGGUGCGACUGAAGAUCUGUGACUACUACAGACAGGUGUUGUGGGGCGAAGUGGGCACCUACCUCGAGCACAUUCUGCUGUGGUGGGGCAAUGCUCCACUGGGUCCACAGCUACCGCAACACACCAACCGACUGCGCAACUGGCUCAGGAACUUCUUUGCUACAAAUACCCUGCCCGAACUAGUUCGCGCGCCGCUCCAGUCACUGAUGGACGCCCUCUGCUGUCACGUGACGUCGACCGCCUGGGACCUGCACUUCAGACGCUGCCUUGUGGCCGCCGCCCACCAGAACAGUCGGCACAAGGUCAACAACUCUGGACAGGGCACCUGGACAGGCGAACUGUUCGGCGAGCUUUUCGCGCAACUCGUGGCUUGGAGUAACUCGUGCGAGGGAAGCAACUGGACACUCGAGGACCUCGAACAACUGCCACUGGUCGAGCAGAUUCCCGUCCUGCACAGGCUGGACCACUCGGUGCACACAGCGCGUAACUGGGCGGCCUCGCGUGCCCGCCAACUAGCCAACGACUGGAGCAUCGACCAAUUCUUCCGCGUCACUCAGUCCGAUGUAAACCAGGCCUUGAGCAAGCUCAAGGAACUCAUGACUUCGAGCCAAGUAGAGCUGUUGAGCGUAGAGAGCAGUGUUCACGUGACCGUUUGCUGUAAGAUGAGAGGAAAACUUGUCUCCGAGGUGAAAGCCAACAUCUCAAAACUUGAGAAAGUGCCAGUAGAAUGCGUGGGUGUGCUGGCGAUAGUGUGCCGCACAUUUUGCCUCGCCAAUCUGCGCAUGAUCUUUCCGCCUCCGCUCUACUGGAGGCAGCACGCAGAGGAGCUGCCUCAAUACGCCACCAACUAUGUCGAGGACUAUCUAGAAGUGGUGAUGCGUCCAGUGUUUCUGGCGUCCAGUCCGUUCUCAGUGCAAGUUCAGCAGAAUGUGGCAGGACUUGUGUUGCAUAUCAUGUGCGAGGCAUGGCUGGAUCAUAUCACCACACAUCGAAUCAAAUUCAGUGAAUGGGGUGCCCUGCAGCUGUUAACCGAUUUUGGGGCAGUGCCCACAUGGGUGCUGGAGAGGGUGACCGGUCUACAACCGGAAGUGCGCAGACAUCUGCUAAAUCAGGACAUUCUGCGCAGGUGCGAGGGAGUGGGGAGGCUGCUACUGCGCAGGCCUGGCGAGAACAUCGCUAUGGACAAGUUGCCCUCGCGCAAGAUGCAACAAGGUUAG